AUAUUGUACUGGCAUUGGUAGCCACUAGGCAGUUUUAUGUUAGACGGAUCAAGAGUAGUUUCAUUUUAGAGAAGUGCCAGAUUUCGUACCGACCAAAGAAAGUCGAAGUUUAUGCCAAAGAGUGUACAUAGCAACCAGGUGUUAAUUUGUACUAUGAAGGGCUUGCUUUUAGGAGUGUACGAAGAGGAAGCAGGUGUGAAGUUUACAUCUGCAGCAGAAGACUUCAACAAAAAGACUGCUGGGAAGCUAGCUGAACUUAUUAAAUGUGCUGGACCAACACUGAAAAAAGGCAAAAGGAGAAUAUUCUACAAUUUAGAGGAAUACCAAUGUGUAUCUGUCGUAGGACUUGGCAAGCAUGGCAUAAAAUUCAAUGAGCUUGAAGAGAAGGAUGAGGCAAAGGAGAAUAUCAGGACUGCUGUUGCAGGUGGAGCCACAGACCUUAGAGAAGUUGGAGCAACUAGUAUUGACAUUGACCCUUGUGGCAGUGCUCAAGCUGCUGCUGAAGGAGCAAGCCUGAAGCUUUUCUCAUAUGAUGAGCUAAAGAGUGAAAAAAGUCGGAAGCCAACAGUUGCCAUAAAUUGUUACAAAGACUUUGGAAGAGCUGAAGAAUGGACCAAGGGACUUCUGCUUGGAGACUCACAGAACUUUGCACGUAGGCUAGCGGAGGCUCCAGCCAAUAAGAUGACACCAACCAUCUUUGCCCAAUCGGUUAUUGAUAAACUACAGGGUAUACAAAACGUGGAGGUACAUGCCAGAGACAAGCAGUGGGCCACAGAGAAGAAGAUGGGAUCAUUCCUUAGUGUGGCACAGGGGUCAUACGAGCCACCAGUAUUCUUAGAGAUGACAUAUAAUGGUGGCCAACAGGGUGCAGCUCCUUUGGUUCUUGUAGGAAAGGGCAUCACGUUCGAUAGUGGCGGUAUCUCAUUGAAGCCAAGUGCCAACAUGGACAAGAUGCGUGCAGAUAUGGGUGGAGCAGCUGUGGUAGCUGGUGCCAUGAAUGCUAUCGCUAAGCUGAAGCUACCUAUCAAUGUUAUAGGCCUAACACCGCUGUCAGAGAACAUGCCAGGUAGAAAUGCAUCGAGACCAGGUGAUGUGGUGACUGCUAUGAAUGGAAAGACUAUUCAAAUUGACAACACCGAUGCCGAGGGCAGACUCGUCUUAGCUGAUGCGCUCUGCUAUGCUGACACAUUGAAGCCAGUAGCCAUUGUGGACAUGGCAACAUUAACUGGUGCUAUGAGAAUUGCACUAGGAGGGGCAGCAGCUGGUGUGUUUACCAACUCUACAGCCCUGUGGGGUAUCUUGCACAAGGCUGGCACAGAGACAGGAGAUAGAGUUUGGAGAAUGCCCUUGUGGGAUUUCUACUCUAAGCACGUGACAGAUUGCCAGCUUGCUGAUGUCAACAAUAUUGGCAAUCAUUCGCCAGCUGGUGGUGCCUGCACUGCUGCUGCUUUUCUCAAGGAGUUUGUAUUGUGUGACCAGUGGAUGCAUAUGGAUAUUGCUGGUGUUAUGGAGAACAAGGAUGAGGUGCCAUACUUGGGCAAAGGCAUGGGUGGUCGACCUACCAGAACCAUAGUGGAGUUUGUGGAAAGGUUCCAUAAAAAUCAGUAAUUCUCAGUUAGAGAAACUGCCUGAAUUUGGAUGAGCAACAAUGACAAAACGAAAUGGUGAAUGAAAUUAUUCAACAGACAAAGAGGAAUCAGGGAUGGUUGCUCUCUUACUCUACUUUAGUGCUAACCGUGUAUUGAAUUUAGCUUGUAAUUAUUUUCUCUGCCGAUGACUUCUGUGACCGCCAUUGAAAAUUCACAAUAUAUUAUUUCAUCAUUGCAAAAUGUUUGUUCUCAGAGCGUUGGGCCAAUUAUGGAGAAGUCAUGGUGCUUUAUAUACUUUCUGAUUAAAAACAUUCAAAAAAAGAUUAAAGUUUACGCUAACAAAUAUUUUAUUAGUUACAUGUUAAUUAAUAAAUAAUACAUGAUUAAAAUAAAUAGUGCUGGUUAAUAGCCUUCAUUACAUAAGUCCCAAUAAUAAUAUCUCGGCAACAAAUUAUUAUAUAUUAAAAAAUAAAUAUUACUGUGGAUAAUUUGAUACGCAAGGUACGUGAGAACCUUUUUGGCCUCGUGACUUGUCACUGAAUCUGCUGAAUGCAGUUACAUUUCUAGUUGUAAUAAAAGGCAAUGUGCAGUUAACAAGUGUAUUUUGACUGUCGCAAGUCGUCACGUAUACACAGCGUUGGUUCCCAUCGUGGAGAUUCACACGCGUAGUGUGUGUACCUCUCGUAAACAAAUCGCUCGUCACUCAUGAUUGUGCAAAAAUUGUUGACGAUGCUCUGCGAUACUCUUGAAGUAACAUGUGUGCACUCGGGUCGACUUAGCUCACGUAUGCAGCAGGUCCGACGUUUGCUGAUCUUCGUAGGCGGGAAUGUAGCAGCUGUAAGAGGGACAUGUUGGCUGUGUAGUCUACGCUACGUCCUCGCCGCCUGCCCGUCCGAAGUCUAUCCAUGCCUCUGUUGCGUCGAUGCGCCAUCAUUCUAUUGCCGAUCCUUCCCUCUGCCCGUUGGCGCCGCAUGCCGCAUUCUACCUCGAGUGUGCUGACCUAAAAUAAACAGUGCGUUAACAGAGUCUCAUUCGUUGUAAAUUUGCAGGUUCCGAAUAAAAUCCACAAAUAGUGACUCGCGGUGGUUUGGUUCAA